UGUCGCCUGUAAAGCGGCCUAAAAAAGCGGCCUUCUGAGGAUACAGCCUGUGAAUUUAAACGCAGGAAUUUCCGAACGCGUCCUGAAUAUCCGUAAACGGAAGUAGAAUCACCAAUCACAGUCCAGGAAAAUUGGAAGGCGGAAAUCAUUUUUCAGCGUAAAUCAAUGGCUAUCGCACCGAUGAGAUGGAUGCGGCACAAACAGAUUUCAUCUAUUGCUAUGGAGCCAUCACAGAGGUUCUCCGAUGUGGUCCUCCUGACUUGCACACUGGCCCCAAAGUGCUUGUUGUAGUUAUUCCUGGUAACCCUGGUGUAGUGGGCUUUUACAGAAGCUUCAUCGAAACGCUUUACGCUCUGUUUGGCAGCCAACACCCAGUGUGGGCUGUAAGCCAUGCUGGACACUGUAUUCCACCUGCAUCCAUGGACAUGCUAGAAGAUGCCUACUCAGCGGCUGAUCUGGACCCAUUUGGUCUGAAUGGUCAGAUAGAACACAAGCUGGCCUUCUUGAGGAAGCACGUCCCAAAGAAAACAAAGCUCAUCCUGGUGGGACAUUCCAUUGGCUGCUACAUCAUUUUGGAAAUAAUGAGGAGAGAUCCCAGUCUCGAGAUCGUCAAGGCCGUCAUGCUGUUUCCGACGAUUGAACGCAUGGCCCAGACUCCCCAGGGGAAGAGCAUGACCCCAAUGCUGUGUCACCUGCGCUACCUGGCCUACCUGGCCAUUUUCCUGCUCUCUCUACUGCCCGAGAGACUCAAAGGCGCUCUGGUCAAAGUGGUUUUGGCUGGCAUUGGCUCUCUGGACCGCUCCGUUGUCCGACCCACUGUAGGCCUCCUCAGCGGUGACUCUGCAGCGAAUGCUGUGUACAUGGCCGGGCAGGAAAUGAGGCAGGUUUUGGAGAGAGAUCACGUGACCAUUGGGAAAAACCUUGAAAAGCUCAUCUUCUAUUAUGGAGCGACAGACCGUUGGUGCCCUGUGCAAUAUUAUCACGAGAUCAAGGAGGACUUCCCGGCCGGAGAUUUCCGACUUUGUGAAAAUGGAUUUCGUCAUGCUUUUGUACUGGACGCUGGGAGAGAAGUGGCAAAAAUGCUGGCAGAAUGGAUCCAGAGCCAUUUGAAGAUUUGAAGUCUUAUAUCUAUCUUGGAUGAUGUUGAUGCUUUGGUUGCCUAAUGUGCGUUUUCCAUGACAGACACACGCACACUUUUGUGUUUUUGUUGGGUUUCUGUAGUGCUAGAUUGUUUUACAUUGUAUUUUACGACACUAUUUGGUCAAUAGUAGUUUUGAAAUGAAUGGUUUGGCAAGUGCA